CCGCUGUCCUUGGCUGUCCUCAUCAAUCGCGUCUUUGUGUUCUUCGAGCUCCGGGAAUAUCAUACACACCAUGUCAACGAUGAUCAACGGACACAGCGGACCAAGCAACGGCGUGGCAGCAUCGGGCGCGGAGGAUGGGUACACGAAUCAUACCAGCCCCUCUACGAGCGCAAGCGUCCCUGCCACCAACGGAUAUGCUCAACCACCGUCUAUCUAUCAGAUGCACAAUGAAGACAUUGUGAACCACCUAUACCAGUCUGGAUUCCAGACCGGAAAUUACGCCGAUACACUACUACAUGUCCGCGGGACUAUAUACCGACUACACGCACUCAUCUUGUCCCGGUCUCCAUACCUUGCGCACUUGAUGUCCACGUCUCCACAAACGGGUGGUCAACACAUAAUCUACGUUAAUCUUGAACAAGAACCGGAGGUCACUGAUGAGGGCUUUCAUCAUGCUUUGGCUUAUCUGUACUCCGGUGUAUCCCUUGCUAAUAUCCGUCCCGAAAACGCGCGGGGCGUUCUUGCCGCGGGCUGCCUCCUCGGACGCAUGGAAGAACUAUGCAGUUAUGCAUACGAAAUCUGCCAACAAUCGAUCAGCCUCGAGACUCUGCCGUCCUGGCUGGACUUUGUCGACACCGUACCCGCCUCGUCAGACGGGUCAUCCACGCCGACCGUUGAUCAACCUCCACACCUGCGUACAGCAAUCUUUGGGCCGUACGCGCACCGCUUGCGCGAGGACAUAUUCAACUUCCUCGUUGUAACGCUACCAAACCUAGUCAACUAUGGCGGACAGGCGACUCCUACGACGCCAUUGCCCGAGGGUGCCAGUCAACACGCCGACGCGGGUCGCGAGACCCUUAUCCAGGUGUAUUCGCGCGUGCCGUUUGAUCUGUUCAAGGCGGCAGUCGAGUCGCCAACAUUCCAGCUAGGAUCCGUGCACUCGCGCUUCAAGUUCGCAAAAGAUGCCAUCGAGCUGCGCAAGCAGGGCAUUUCUCGUGGCACAGGCGCGGAGGAAACCGUCGUGCUCGCGUUUGGCGGGAACAGCUCAUCAGGCGGUGUGCUCGUCACGCGCAAAUUGCGCCGACGACAGCUGUGGAAGGUGAACUCGUGAGCGCCUGCGGCGCUCGGAUGGAGGAGGGAGAGGGGAGAGGAGGAGCCGCUUCCCUAUGUUGUAUCGCGCGUCUGCUGCUGUGUUUGUGCUCGUCGUGUGUCUGUCUUGCAUUGUCGUCGCAGUCAUCGUGCCCCCCAUUGUUGUGUCCAUAGGAUGGUGAAACUACGCGUAUUAUAUCGGUCUGUACACGGCGUCGGACUCGGACCUCUAUUGCUUUGGCUGUGGCCGCGUGUAGUUCAGCUCGUAGUCUUAUAAAAAUGUGUACAUGGACGCCUCG